GCACUGAUGGUUUUCAAGGAUACAGCUUUGUCAAACUACUUGACUCUGACUAUUUAUUAACUAUUAUCAGUAAUCCCUGGCUUAGAGAAGCAGGUGUGUACGCCCAAAUAUCUUUCGUGCUCGGUACGCACUACUAUGCAGCGGUGAGAAAUAACACAGCACCCGAUGUCGAUGUAGCCAACACUGCGAUGUCCAUCAUCGUUAGCACGACUUCCAGCGUGCCCGAAAAAUGGAACGUCAAUCAGAGCAAGGCAUGCUGACAUCCACAGACGAUACUAUUCCGAUGGGCCUUCCAGCUAAGCGUCCACUACGACGGCCCGUCCGUUCUAGCUCCGAUGAGGAAGACGCCGCGCGUCCCAACAAACCCCAUAGGCCUUCUGCAGCAACCUACGCACGUGCGCCCACUUCUCUCUUCAGAGGCAUUAGUCCACCACGUCCAGGGCCAUCAACAAGCAACCUAAGCGCGCCCGCUGUUAUCGCUGAUGUUGCACCAUGCAAUCUGGAGGUGCUGCAGGAAUUGAAGGCCAUUAAAUGCAAGGCAACACAGAGGCAUUGCAUUGCACUCAGCUUUAUGUUUAGAUGAGUUAUGCCCCAUUCGAUCAGAAUUUGUCGGCCAUCGCUGCAUGUUUGAAGCGAUGUUUCAGAUGCUGCAGCGACAGCCCCAAAGUCUUGCACCGAGACUUUGUUUGCCAUUUAUCUCUCUCAGUGAGCUUAGGAGAUAUGAUGAAUGGCUGAAGGACC